AUGGUGAGGAGGAGUCGUUCCUCUGUGUGUCCAGAGGAAGAAGAAUCAUUAACGAUUAAUAAUAAUGAUCAACAACAACAACAAUCUAAUUACAAUAAUGAAAAUGAUAACGACACUACUACAACAACAGCAGCAGCAACAACUACCACCACCACUACCAUCACAAUAAAUAAUAACAACCACACUAACACCAACACUAACACCAACACAAACACCCACACAAACACACACACUAAUACUACUGGCAGCGCCAUUAAUAAUUAUAAUUAUAAUAAUAACGAUGAUUUUUAUGAUGAUUAUGACACUACAAAUGAUUAUUUUGAUGACUUUAUAAAUAAUGAUAAUCAUAUUGAUGAUGAUUAUAUUAAUAAUUACAUUGAUCAAAUGAAUGAUAUUAAUAAUAAUAAUAAUAAUAAAAAUAAUAAUAAUAAUAAUAAUAAUAAUAAAAAAAAUAAUAAUAAUAAUAAUAAUAAUAAUAAUAAUAAUAAUAAUAAUAAUAAUAAUAAUAAUAAUAAUAAUAAUAGUAAUAAUGUGUCUGUUGAUCAACAAAUAACAAAAAUUAUAAACAACAAAAAUAAUAAUAAUAAUAAUAAUAAUAAUGAUAAUGAUAAUAUUGAAAUAAGUUAUAAUAGUAAUAAGAUAGCUGCUAGUAAUAUUUCAAAUAUUACAUCUGUAUUUAAAAAUAAUAAUAAUAAUAAUAAUAAUAAUAAUAAUAAUAAUAAUAAUAAUAAUAAUAAUAAUAAUAAUAAUAAUAAUAAUAAUAAUAAUAAUGAAAAUAAUAAUAAAACAAAUUUUAAUAGUAAUCCAUCUAUUACCUCAUUCAGUAAUAAUAAUAAUAAUAAUUACAAUGAUGAAGAUAAUAAAAUAAUAGAAAUUUUAAAAAAAUAUUUUGGAUUACAUUCAUUUAGACCGAAUCAAUUAGAAGUUAUAAAACAUACGAUAAGUGGUGGAGAUUCAUUCCUUUCAAUGGCAACAGGUACUGGUAAAAGUUUGUGUUUUCAAAUACCACCUUUAUAUUUAAAUAAAACUGCUAUUGUUGUUUCACCUUUAGUAUCUUUAAUUACUGAUCAAACUUUAAAAUUAAAAUCAUUAGGUAUUAAAGUUACAAAAUUAUCAAGUGAUAUUAAAAGUAGUUCAAAAGAAUAUGAAUUAAUAUUUAAAGGUUAUUAUAAUUUAGUUUAUAUUACACCAGAGAGAAUUAUUAAUGAGUAUCAAUCUAUUGGAGAAUUAGUGAGAAAUGAAAAGAUAUGUUUAUUUGCAAUUGAUGAAGCUCAUUGUAUAAGUCAAUGGGGUCAUAGUUUUAGAGAGAGUUAUAGAAAAUUACAAGAAUUAAGAAACCAGUUUCCGACAGUACCAAUUAUGGCAGUCACUGCAACUGCAACUAAAUCAAUAGAGUCUGAUAUAAUUAACAAUUUAGGAAUUGGUAAUGGUAAUUGUAAAAUGUUCAAAUCAUCAAAGAAUAGACCAAACAUUUAUUAUAAAGUUAUAAUUAAAGAUAAACUCGUCUCUAACGAUUUUAAAAUGAUAUUGGACAUUCUAUUGGAAACGAGGAAAACCAUUGGCGUCGUGUCCAAUUCUACUAUCAUCUAUUGCACAACCAUUCAAAUUGCGAAUGAAUUGAAUCGGUUUUUAUGUGAUAAUAAAAUUCAAUCAAACGUUUAUCAUAGUCAGUUGGGUGAUAAACAAAGAGAUGAAACUUUAAAGAAUUUCUUAUUCAAUAAAACUGAAGUCAUCGUUGCAACCAUUGCAUUUGGUAUGGGUAUUGAUAAGCAUGAUGUUCGAUUAAUCAUAAACUAUGGCGCGAGUAAAAGUGUUGAAGAUUUCUAUCAAGAAUCCGGCAGAGCUGGUAGAGAUGGUUUACAAAGCUUAAGUUUAAUUAUUUAUAGUUUACAAGAUUUUGUAAAAUCUUCAUUUUUAUUGAGAAAUAAUAAUAAUUAUAAUAAAUAUUCAUCAUCAUCAUCAUCAUCACAAUCAUCACAAUCAUCACCAUUGUCAUCGUCAUCAUCACCUUCACAAUUUGAUUCAUUAGAACCAAAAAAAUCAGAAAAUGAGAAAUUAUUAAAAUUUAAAGAAAUUUUAAUUAAUAAAGUUAAAUGUAGAAGACAAAUGUUGUUGGAAGCAUUUGGUGAAGAAUUUAUAAUUGAUGCUAAUAAUGGUUGUGCUUCAUGUGAUAAUUGUGUUGAAUUAAGGGAUAGUAGUGAUUAUAUUAAUUUAUCAUUUGAAGUUUUACAAGUUUUAAAAUGUAUUUUUGAGAAUAAAGAAAGAAAUGGUACAAAAAUAACAAUAUUAAUAUUACGUGGUUCUCAUUCAAAAGAAAUUAAUCAAAUACAUAUUAAAAAUUCAUUAUAUGGUAAAGGUAGUUUAUUUUCAGAGAAAUGGUGGAAAGAAUUAAUUCAUCAAAUGAAAGCCGAAUCAAUCAUUGUUGAACAUUGCUCAUCAAAUUUUAAAACAAUACUUAAAAUCACUCAAAAAGGUAAAGAUAUUUUAAAUAGUAAUUUUCAACAACAAAAACAACAACAACCAAUCUUAAUUAUGAAUAAUGAUAUCUUAAAACCUGAAAUAAAGAAUACUCAAUUUCAUAGAAAUAAUAUAACACAACAACAAUCACAACAGCAAUCACAAAAAUUAAAUAAUGAUAAUAGUAAUAAUAAUGAAUCAAAAUUAUUAAAAAUUGAAGCAUUUACAAAACCAAAUGAAAUCGAUCCAAUAGUUAUGAAAUUAUUUAAAAUUUUAAUUGAAUUUAGAAAAGAAUUAUCAAUGUUUUCAGAAACACCAACAUUUCUUAUUUUCCCUGAAAAUACUUUAAGAAAGAUAGCUCAAUUUAGACCAUUAACAAUUGAUGAAUUAUCUCAAAUAGAAGGUAUGGAUCAUAAAAAGGUACUGGAUCAUGGUCAAUCAAUCUUAAAAAAAGUUCAAGAAUUUUCAAUUCAAGAAGGUUUAUCGAUUACUCCUAAAUUACCAAUACAACCACCACCACAGCAACAACAACAACAACAAAUACCUACGAAAAUCACUACAACCAAACAAAUAUUUAAUGUUAUCAAAACUUUUAAUAAUAAUAAUAAUAAUAAUAAUAAUAAUAAUAAUAAUAAUAAUAAUAAUAAUGGUAAUAAUAAUAAUAAUUUAAAGAGAAAAGAUGAAUUUACAGAAUUUGAAGAAGCACAUAUGUUCAUUCCUAAGAAAUUAAAAGAAGAACAUGAUAAUAAUAAUAAUAAUAAUAAUAAUAAUAAUAAUAAUAAUAAUAAUAAUAAUAAUAAUAAUAAUAAUAAUAAAAAGAAUGAUGAAGUUAUUAUUGAGUACAAUUUAGCUAAUGUAUUUAAUAAGAAAAUUCAAUAUUCAAAAGAAAAGUCGAAUAUUGUUUUAGAUGCUUUUAGGGAAGCAAGAAGAAAUUCUCAAAAAGAUUGUAAUUAG